AUCAUUUUGCUUCAAGUGAAUUAAAUCAAAUCAAUGAGUGAGAGGACUCUCAUUCACUACCCUCAGAUAAAUAGCAUCCCUGUCUGCUCAUAAACUGAGAGACAGUGGAUCCAGUGGCACUCUGGGAUGGAAAGGUUAUCCCCUUGAAAGAAUGUUUAAUACUCUCUCAGGACUUCAAACCAAAGUUUUUCACUUGUGACUCCGUCCCACUGAGGGACCAGCUCACUCUGCUCCACAGAGGGCUCAAACCCAACACUCUGGUACAAAGCUCAAGACUUUAAGAGGGAUACCAAGGCUCAUACUCUGAAGAAUUUCAGAGGAUUUUUUUUUCUCCCUCAAGAGCAGGGAGGUAUUUUUUUUAUAUAAAGAAUGGGAGACUAUGAUGAAGACACUGCAUUCCUCGGACAGACCGGUCCAUAUUUCUGGACCACAUUCUUCCUCCUUAACACAGUUUAUCUCUCGACUGGAUUCAACGGACUUUACAUGGUCUUUAUCGGGUCAGCUCCUACACAUCACUGCCUCAUUCCAGACGUGAACUUAACCAGGGAGUGGAAAAAUGCCAUUAUUCCUGUUACAAUAGUGGAUGGCGUGGAGGUGCAGACCCAGUGCAGCAGAUACAAGCUGGAUGUGGUGAGAAAUCUCUCUGCUCAAGGAUUUAUUCCUGGAAGGGACGUCAACCUCACUAACCUGGAGCUGGAGAAAUGUUUAGAUGGAUGGAGCUACAGCAAAGAGAUCUACCAAUCCAACAUAGUCACUGAGUGGGACCUCGUUUGUGACGACCAGUGGAAAGUUCCCUUUGCAUCCUCGACUCUCUUUGUGGGAUACCUCUUUGGGUCCCUAAUCUCAGGCCAGCUUUCUGACAGGUUUGGGAGGAAGAAGGUUGUUUUCAUCUCUCUUGCAGCCCAGUGUGUCUCAGUGCUGCUUCAGUCCUUCUCUCAUUCAUGGAAGAUGUUCUGCGUCAUGUUCCUCUUUGUUGGAGCCUCCCAGAUAUCCAUGUAUAUUUCUGCAUUUGUACUAGGAACAGAGCUUUUGAGUAAAACUAUGCGAGUGCUCUUCACAACUCUCGGGGCCUUCCUUUUCUAUUGCAUCGGGUACAUGACGCUACCUUGGAUUGCAUACGGAAUCCGAGAAUGGAGGACUCUGCUCGCCGUUCUGUCCUCAACGUCUGUGGUUUACAUCCCACUGUGGUGGUUAAUCCCAGAGUCUCCUCGGUGGCUGAUCACUCAGGGAAGAGUGGAGGAGGCUGAGGCCAUUGUGAGGGAUGCUGCAAGGAAAAAUAAGGUUGAAGCACCACCUGUGAUCUUUAAAGAAUCUGAGCUCCAUUCACUGACUCCAAGCAGGAAAUACUCCAUGCUUGAUGUUCUAAAAAACAAGAACAUCAGAUGCAUCACACUUAUGUGUCUCCUUUUGUGGAUGGCAAUAAACAUUGGGUAUUUUGGAUUAUCCCUGAACACCUCAAAUCUGAGUGGCGACCCCUUCAUGAACUGUUUUUUGUCAGCUACUACUGAGGUCCCUGCCUAUGUCGUUUCUACCUGGCUGCUAAAGAAAUAUCCAAGAAGAGCACUUCUGUCAAUAUUCCUCAGCCUUGGAGGAGGACUUCUUCUUCUAAUCCAGUUCAUCCCUGAUACCCUUCAGUAUGUUGCUCUGGCGCUGGAAAUGACCGGGAAGUUUGGCUUCACCAUGUGCUUCAGCAUCGUCUACAUCUACACUGCUGAGAUUUACCCCACCGUACUCAGGAACGUCGGCAUUGGAAUGUGCUCCUCUGCUGCACGCAUUGGCAGCAUCACAGCUCCUUAUGUCAUCUAUUUAGGUACUUAUAAUAAGGUUCUGCCUUAUAUCCUCAUGGGAAGUCUCACGAUUGCUUCCUCUGUGGUGAACUUCUUCCUUCCGGAAACCCUCAAUAGAGAUCUUCCAGAAACAGUGGAGCAGAUGCAAGAAUGCCAAGGGUUGUGUCAUGGAUUCAGAAAGACGAAAUAUGUAGAAGAUGAAGGAAGGAGGAACCAACCCAUACAACGUGAGGCCAAAGUCUGAUGUGCAGACUCUUACUCCGUAGUUUUUCCUCGAUGGAGUUAUCUUGCUUGAAAGUAAUAAUCAGAAAUCUGAAUAUAAAAUCCAAAAAAAGUUGCACAGUGGGAUCCAAAUGUCCACUGGCAGGACCUGUUCAGUUUUUUUAUAUUUUUAUUUUGUUUUUAAAAACUUGCUAAAAGCUUGCUAAGAACCUUUUUUAGAAAUGUUUCAAAGAAUUUUUUUUUAGAAUGUUUGUAUGAAAUUGAAAUAUGUGUCUGAUUGGUCUCUAAUUUUUGUCAUACAUAAUCUGUAGUAAAACUAUACUGCUCUAGUGUCUGUACAGUAAAUAUGAGGCUGCAGCUAAGCAGCUAGCAAAUUAAUCAAUGUUUAAAAUCUGCAGUUGGUAUUCAGAGUUGGUCACUUUCCCACAAUUGAUCAUGCAGUGACAAAGAGAAGGAUCCCUCUGUCCUGAAGAGUUGGAGGUUGAUUUGAUAUUCCAGUAAAUGUUUUAUAAAAGUGGAAUGUGGACUGCAUAUUUCUGUACAAAAAUGUUGAAUUAGUGCCUAGUCGAGUGGGGUGCAUGAAGUGGUGAGAUUGUACCUUUGUUAAAAAAUUUAAUUAAAUUGCAAAAUGUAAUGAUUUAGUACAAAACUGGGACUCAGUCGCAGAGAAUAACAUAAAACACCGAGAACAGUUUAUUAAAUCCAAAUCUUUACUUAGGAGGUCAGGGGUCAAACACGUGAAGGCAGUCAGCCAAGGCAGAAAAGUCCGUUCAGGGAAAUCCCACAAAAAGCAAAGUCCAUAAAUCCAAGUAGAGUCAAAAACCAAGGAAUCAAACACAAGGAAAGGGCUGAUAUGAAAUCACAGUAUCUGUAUAGAAUCUGAUUUAUGUCAAGCCUCCUUAAUUAUUUGUGUCAAAACUGUCAAGAAGUGAAAAGAAAUCCUCACAGGACACCGUCCUGCAGGAAUCUGUAAUAGCCUCUAGCAGACCACAAAUGAGCAGCUAAGCAAAGGAGUCAUAACUACUUUAUCUUUAAACCAUCUGUAGCAAAAAUACAACUCAAGCAUCAUUUGAAAUGACACUGUCUGUCUUUAUUACUGUUUAACCUCUGCGUGACAAUGAUUAACUCCCUUCUCAAGGAUCCUUGAAUGUUAUUUUAUUGCAUGGCAUUAUAUCAUCACCUGGGCAUGAUAUUUCAAAUCCUGCGUUUUUAUUAUUGCUUGAGUUUGAUAGAAAACAU